CUUUAGCAAAGAGGACGCUUGCGCAGAGACUUCCAGCUGUUUGUUUUGUUGGGUUCCAAGAUGUCGGAGUACGAGACGGUUCAGAAAGGAACCUUGAAAUUGAAGGGCAGUGCGGACCUGGGACUGGGGAAGAAAAAGAAGAAAAAAGACAAAGAGAAAGAUAAAAUGAUGCAACAAAUUAUGACCAGCACGAAAAAUGAAGAGGAGAAAAAGAAGCCAGGAUUGGACAAAAGGACCCCUGCACAACUAGCUUUUGAAAAGAUGCAGGAAAAGAGACAAAUGGAACGAAUUCUGAAGAAAGCUACCAAAACUCACAAGCAAAGGGUGGAGGAUUUUAAUCGGCAUUUGGAUACGCUCACUGAACAUUAUGACAUACCUAAAGUCAGCUGGACAAAAUAACGACAUUUUAUUUAUAUGGAUAUGAUUUUCAAGUACUUUUUUUUUUUUUUUUUUUUUUUUUUUUUUUUUUUUUUUUCCCCCGCUAGACAAUAUCACACAUGUUAAUCUUGCUCAAAUAGUGUUUUAUAAUUUGUUACAACAUUAGUUUUGGGGUCAUUAUGUAAAUAAAGUGGAUUUUGUAAAGAA